GCGCCGGAGCCGGGCGGAGCCGCCCAGGGCACCCGCUCGGGGCGCUGCUGGAGCGGGCAGCUGCUCAUCGGCCACGACGGGAAACUGCUGAGGCGCUCAGCGGCCAUGGAAAAGGUUCCACCAGUGGGAGUGUCCAAAGCCUGUUCCUCGUGUGUAAGAACAGCUGAUGUCAAGGAAGCAUGUACACAGUGCGACCAGUUUGUAUGCCAGAACUGCAGCAGGCUCUGCAGCUCCUGUAACGCAGUUACCUGUUCUUUGUGCUCGAUUAUUGAUUAUGGUGAUGUUGGUGAACAAGUUCUCUGCAAUGGUUGUUCAAUAUUUCAGGUCUGAAACAUGAAAUUUAUGGACAUCUUAGCCAUAAAGAACGUUUCAUCAAGUCUCCUCUUUAUGGUUGAUCAAUUCAUACUUUUAGCAUGUGAAAUAAUAAUGGAAUUUCUGUGUUUUAUAUCUUUUUAUGUACUUUUUAAUAUUGUAGCUAAAUAAACUUUUAUAUUUUAAGGA